AACUAAACGAAUGGUUGAGAUUAAAUAACUUUCAUAAUCCAAUACACAUACACAAUAAACACCUACUAUUAUAUUCAAACCUUUCACAAAAAUCGCUUCACUUAACCAGCGCCCCAUCUUCCACUCUUUCUAGGUUUACGCAUCAAACCGACGGCGCAAAAAUGGUUCUUCAAAACGAUAUUGAUCUGUUGAAUCCACCGGCUGAACUCGAGAAGAGAAAGCAUAAACUUAAACGACUUGUUCAAUCGCCUAACUCAUUCUUCAUGGAUGUCAAAUGUCAAGGUUGCUUCAAUAUAACAACUGUAUUCAGCCACUCCCAAACUGUUGUUGUAUGUGGUAAUUGUCAGACAGUGUUGUGCCAACCAACCGGUGGCAAGGCAAGACUAACAGAGGGAUGCUCAUUCAGAAAGAAGGGAGAUUAGCAGAGAGAUUAGUAAUGGAGUUAUUUGUCUUUUUUAGAAUUGAUUUCUGAGGAAAUUUUGAGUUAUUGAGUUUUUAAUAGAAUGUUUUUGAAUUGUUGUCUUUGUGAGUCUUAUGCAUUUGUGCUCUCUUCUUAAGUUGAAUGAUUUGGUGUUGUUGAUUGACAUUAUCUCAUAAUUAUCUAUUUUGUACCAGUAAUUUAUUUAUAUAUGUUAUAGUGUGUAUUAGUUUGA